AUGGCGGAAAUGAAGAUAAUGAUUCUCAGCAGGGAGCUGCGGGUGUUUAUCAAGACUUCCUCUCGCUUUGCCAUGGAGUGUAAUCACAACUCCUCUCAGAUGGAAAUUAGCUCAACACCGUUUUCCCCCUCCCUUCCUAUUAUUAUUAUUCUUUUGAGUACUCUUCAUUGUCAAGCCGCCAAAGUGGAGAGUGUGAUUGCAGAAGGGGGUGCUUCUCGUUUCAGUGCUUCUUCGGGGGGAGGAGGUGGUAGGGGUGCACCUCAGCACUAUCCCAAGACUGUCGGCAACAGCGAGUUCCUGGGGAAAACCCCAGGGCAAAGCGUUCAGAGAUGGGUUCCUUCACGAAGCACUAGACGAGAUGUCAACUCCAGCAACGAAAAAGAGCGACACGAUGCAAUCUUCAGGAAAGUGAGGGGCAUACUCAACAAACUCACGCCUGAGAAGUUUGACAAGCUAUGCCUUGAGCUCCUGAACGUGGGCGUAGAUUCAAAACUCGUCCUUAAAGGAAUCAUCUUGCUGAUUGUAGACAAAGCCCUAGAAGAGCCGAAGUAUAGCUCGCUCUAUGCUCAGCUAUGUCUGCGCUUGGCAGAGGACGCACCAAACUUUGAUGGCCCUUCAUCUGAGAUCCAAACAUCCCAAAAGCAGAGCACAACCUUCAGAAGACUGCUGAUUUCCAAGCUUCAAGAUGAAUUUGAAAACCGCACCAGAAAUGUUGAAAUCUAUGACAAACAUGACAACCCUCUUACUUCUGAGGAGGAGGAGCAGCGUGCCAUUGCCAAGAUCAAGAUGCUUGGCAACAUUAAAUUCAUCGGGGAACUUGGCAAACUCGACCUCAUCCAUGAAUCUAUCCUUCAUAAGUGCAUCAAAACACUUCUGGAAAAGAAGAAGAGAGUCCAGCUCAAGGAUAUGGGGGAGGAUCUGGAGUGCCUCUGUCAGAUAAUGAGAACAGUGGGGCCGAGACUCGACCAUGAGAAAGCAAAGUCUUUAAUGGAUCAGUACUUUGGCCGUAUGCGAUCCUUAAUGAACAACAAGGAGUUGCCCGCUAGGAUCCGCUUCCUGCUGCAAGAUACAGUGGAACUGCGAGAAAACAACUGGGUCCCCCGCAAGGCUUUCAUUGACAACGGACCAAAGACGAUUAACCAGAUCCGUCAGGAUGCAGUGAAAGAUUUGGGUGUUUUCAUCCCAGCACCCAUGUCUCAGGGGAUGAGGAUGGACUUCUUCCUGGAAAGCCCCUUCAUGCCUAACAGAAUGAAACUGGACAGGGAGACUCUUGGGGGAUUGGCCGACAUGUUUGGACAGAUGCCAGGCAGUGGGAUUGGAACUGGCCCAGGGGUUAUUCAGGACAGGUACUCGCCCACGAUGGGACGCCAUCGCACCAACCCGCUCUUCAACGGCCACGGUGGCCACAUCGCCCCUCCACCACAGUCACAGUUCGACAUGGGGCCCAAGUCUUUUGUUAAGUCCAACCAGGUUCAGAACCAGCAUUUCCUCAACCAGAACCAGAACCACAUGGCCCAGCAGCAGGUCCAGUCCAAGGACAUGCCUCCACGAUUCAGCAAGAAAGGACAGCUCAAUGCCGAUGAGAUCAGCCUCAGGCCUGCUCAGUCAUUCCUCCUCAACAAGAACCAGGUACCCAAGCUCCAGCCUCAGAUCCCCACCAUGAUGCCUCCCAGUGCUCAGCCCCCACGCACUCAAACCCCCCCUCUGGGACAGCCUCCACAGCUUGGCCUGAAGACCAACCCUCCGCCCAUCCAAGAGAAACCUCAGAAGACAAACAAGAAACCACCUCCUGCCAAGGAGGAACUGCUUAAGAUGACGGAGGCGAUCAUGACUGACUACUUGAACAGCAAGAACCUGACUGAGGCUGUGAGCGGCGUGCGAGAGAUGAAGGCUCCCAAGCAUUUCCUGCCAGAGAUGCUCAGUAAGAUCAUCGUGUGUUCCCUGGACCGUCCCGAUGAGGACAAGGAGCACGCCAGCACUCUGAUCCACACGCUCCGCACCGAGGGCCUCAUCACUGGAGAGAACUUCAUGCAGGCUUUCCUCAACGUCCUGGACCAGUGCCCUAAGAUCGAGCUGGACGUGCCCCUGGUGAAGUCCUACCUGGCCCAGUUUGCGGCCCGGGCCAUCAUCGCAGAGCUGGUGAGCGUGGCCGAGCUGGCUCACCCCCUGGAGAACGGCACCCACUUCCCCCUCUUCCUGCUCUGCCUGCAACAGACAGCCAAGCUGAAGGACCGGGAGUGGCUCACCGACCUCUUCCAGCAGAGCAAGGUCAACAUGCAGAAGAUGCUCCCAGAAAUCGAUCAGAACAAGGACCGCAUGCUGGAGAUCCUGGAGGGGAAGGGGCUGAGCUUCCUGUUCCCGCUGCUGAAGCUGGAGAAGGAGCUGCUGAAGCAGAUAAAGGCAGACCCCUCUCCACAGUCCAUCUACAAGUGGAUUAAAGACAACAUCUCUCCCAAGCUUCACACUGAUAAAGGCUUUGUCAACAUCCUCAUGACCAGUUUCCUCCAGUACAUCUCCCAGGAGCUGUGCGUGGCGGAGGGCGACGAGCAGCUCGCGGCCCCCUCCAAAGAGCAGCUGGAGCAGGAGAAACAGCUGCUGCUGGCCUUCAAGCCCGUCAUGCAGAAGUUCCUGCACGACCAUACCGAGCUGCAGGUCAGCGCCCUCUACGCCCUGCAGGUGCACUGCAACGCCAGCGGGUUCCCUAAAGGCAUGCUGCUGCGCUACUUUGUCAACUUCUACGACAUGGAGAUCAUUGAAGAAGAAGCCUUCCUUGCAUGGAAAGAAGACAUUACCCAAGAAUUCCCUGGAAAAGGAAAAGCUUUAUUCCAGGUAAACCAGUGGCUCACCUGGCUGGAGACGGCAGAGGAGGAGGAGUCUGAGGACGAAGCAGAUUGAGAAACCAAGCAGAAGCAUCAUGGUGUAGAAGAUCAACCUUAUCUUCUUAUUACACUCGCCUUUCCUUUAUUAAACUCCAUGCUUAAUUUAACCACUACCACGUGGCACUCAGCUGCUUCUGUCUUGCAAAUAUAAACCGAAAAAGCUUGUACCUGUAGGGCCUCAUGCGUUACCACCUGCACCGUGACGUUAGGCUGAGAAGCAUCAUUGUUGCCUAAUGGAUGUUUGAUUUUGGAUCUGUGUCCUGAUCAGCUACAUGAAGUCUGGAGUGGCUCAACCAUGUGUUUUUUUUUUUUUCUUUUUGCUCUGACUGUGUUAGUUUUGUAACUUUUUUUUUCACUGUAUUGCAUGUUUUUCAUUUCCACUCAAUUUUUACUGAUUUGAACCUUCCCUGUUAGGAAACUGCUUUAUUUAAGAAUGUUUAGGAUUCCCCCUCAAUAAGUAAAAAUAGUGGUGAUCUUCGCUAAUGCUAGUUACAAGUAUAAGACAAGUUAGCAAAAAAGGUCUUGUCAGUGAUCUGCUUUGUGAUCUUCUGUAAGGGCCCAAUCUGGAUUCCCUUUUCGUCACACCACACACACAUGAUGCUUGGACACAGUGAGGGGAUUUAAAAUCACCCGACAGGCUGCAGAGUGCAGAGUGCUCCGCGUACUGAAAAUCCUCAACAAUAGGCGACAUUCAGCCUUUGUUUGUGAAAGUAUAAUUAAUGGCAAGGGGCCCACUGAAGUGAGAGUGAAGCAUAAGCUGGCAAAACAUUUCAUAAUGAAUUAAGGUGCGUGUUUAGUCAACCUAUGCUUACUAAAAACCUGUUUUCCCCUUUUUUUUUUGGUUUUGUUUUUU